AGCUCCCAUAGCCCCAUACUCCGGCUCCUUCUUAUCACCGCACUAAGGAGAUCGGAAAGAGCGGAGAGGGAGAGCCAAAGAGCUCUCACGAAGAAAAUGGGCAUCGUCACCAGCAAUUGUUACACCAAAUGCCAUGAAACGUGCAGAGAACUCAAAGCUAAAAUCCAGAUCCUAGAGGAGGAGAUCAAGGAGAUGAAACGUGCGAGGGAGCAGGAGGCUCGCGUCUAUGAGCAACAGGCUGCGGUCUUUGCAAGGAAGGAGGAUGAGUGGAAGCGAGAGAGGAAGAAGCAUAAGGAGGAGGUGGCGAAGCUGAGGAAGAGGCUCAAGGAGGAGGAGGAUAGGGUGAGAAGUUUGGAGGAGGAGGUGACAGCAAGCAGAGGUGACAAGGAGUGGAAUCGAGUCGGCGCUGAUUACGUUGUGGAGCACAUGAAAGAGGAACAAGCGCGGAGGGAGGAGGCGGUGGAGAAGUGGAAGCAGCUCUACCUUGCCAUCAAGACCGAGCUUGACGACCUCAUCCUGAGGACUCGACAAGGGGAACGAUUCUGCUGGGGAGUUGAAGAAGGCAUGAUCGAAGGGCUGCACAGGGAGUUGAAGAACAAGGAGGAGACCUUGCAAACACUGAGAUCACGCAUAGCAGCAAUGGAAAAGGAGGGCAUUAAAAGAGACAGGGAGAUCGACAUUUUGAGGCAGAGCUUGAGAAUUCUCAGCAACACAAAAAAGAAUCGCAUCAGAAAGAAUCAGCUCAGAAGCUUUCACUAAUGAAGUGCAAAGAGAAGCAGCCAGAAACUUGGAUGGAUUCCUUGAAUCCACAGUGAUCUUAUGAAGCACUAGUGCCCCGUGACUGAAGCCGUAUGAUUGGUGUACAAGUUGAAAGAUGACAAGCUGUUCUUGGUUGCAGUCAAGCAAAAAUCUAUAUCAGAAACAUAAGAAAUUCCACAUCUUUCACACAUUAGCGGCCAGAAGUAUCAGAAUAAAG